AUGGAAUAUCAAGGUGAUAACAAAAAAAAGAAAACACUUUUCACCAGUCUGCCGACGCAAUACGAGAAGACUGACAAAUUUGAUUUUUCGGGAGUUUAUCGCAUCAAAUUCGGUAACUGUGAGCAGAAGUAUAUCCGUGAAAUAGGAAGAAAAAUCGGCGUAGGAAUCAAGGAACGUCAAAGACUCUGCAGGAACAUGGACACGAAAAGAUCCAAAAAAGCGGAAUACAUUGCUCGAACGGGUUACGAAAUCGACUGGAAAUCAACUGAAAAUUUGGCUGCCUGUGGUGAAAAUACGAGAAAACGCAAGAUCCGAGAGGCGAUCAAAAUACUGACCGAGAGAAAUCUAAUGAACAGGAGACUUGAAGAAGACAGGAUCAGAGAAAACUGUGCAUAUUGCCUAAAACACUCGGAGAUUACCAGGCAACAGCAAGAUCAACUAAAAGAAGACGACUGGAUCAAGUUAAUGUCCUUAAUAUUAGAAAAAGAGAUUGCAGGGGGAUGA